AGCACAGGAUAACACAACCAUGAUGGGUUGACUUGGGGGGGGGGGAAGCGGUCGGAGAGAGGAAGUGUGCAUUCGUCCACCACUUGCUCAGCCAUGGAGACCAACAAAGUUCUUCAUUUCGUGCCCUCGGAGGCGCCUCCCUCUGGGAUGUCCAAGAAUGGAUACUUCUUUCAAGAAAUGGAGCAGCGGGAGGCGGAGCCCGAGGAGGGCAGCGAGGGCCCAGAGGAGGCACAGGACUCGCCGAUCGCCUGCGGAGAUGACAUCCACCUCUAUGACAACCAGAUCAGCCCCGGACCAGAUACCGACGACUCCGGUUGUGUGUUGCUGAACACUUCGAGGAAGUAUGUGACGCUGAUGAACUUCGAGGAGGAGAUUCGGGCGCACCGGGACCUGGACGGCUUCUUGGCGAGGGCCAGCAUCCUGCUGGACGAGACGGCCGCCUCGCUGGACGACGUUCUGAAGCGGAUGUUGCACCACGUGGGUCAGGACAGCCACACGUCCGAGCCCGGCUGCAACUUCGAGGAGGUGAUGAGCUUGCUUUUCACCGAUGCAGGCGCUCAGGAAGUCAACGUUCACCUGCUGUCCGAGACGAUCCAGGGGGUGACGGCCACGGCCACCGGGAUCCAGUACCAGCAGUCCUGGCUCUGCAUCCUAUGCAACGUGAAGCAUCUCCAGAGGCGUCACGUGUGCAUCUCCCGCCUGGAGAGGCCUCAGAACUGGGGAGAGAACUGCUGCGAGGUCCGCUAUGUCAUCUUGAUACUGUCCCCACUCAAAAUGUGUCAGGAUUUCUUCAAACCCGGCCGGGGGAUUUACGAGGACCUGUGCCGCAGACUUCCUUUCUACCCCUCUGACUUCACAGAUGGUAUACUUGGCAGUAACAAAACCCUGCUGAAGUACAUGACCACGGCCAUCUUCCUCUACAUCGCCAUCCUCCUGCCCGCCAUCGCGUUCGGCUCGCUGAACGACGAGAGCACACGUGGCGAGAUCGAUGUUCGGAAGACCAUCAUCGGCCAGAGCAUCGGGGGGGUCAUCUACUCUCUGUUCGCCGGCUCUCCCCUCGUCAUCCCUCUGACCACGGCUCCCCUCGCCAUCUUCAUCAGCGUGAUCCGAGGAAUCUGUGACGACUACAACCUGGACUUCCCGGCGUUCUACGCCUGCAUCGGUCUGUGGAAUUGCCUCUUCCUCAUCCUGGGAGGGAUAUUUAACGUCAGCCUGGUCAUGAAGCUCUUCAAAAGGUCGACGGAGGAAGUCAUCGCUCUGUUCAUUUCCAUUGCGUUUGUGGUGGAUGCAGUGAAAGGCACCGUGAAGAUCUUUCACAGAUAUUACCACGCGCCCACGCUGUCCAACAGAAGCGUGGAGGCCAACAGAAGCAUCGAGAUCUUCCCGCUGGCCGGAGCCCUGUUGGGAGGAAACCGGAGCGAGGUGGCGGCGGGGCUGUCGCGCAACACCCUCCCCGAAACCAUCAUCCACUGCAGUCGGGAGAGACCUCUCCUCUGCCUCCUGCUGAUGCUCGGGACGUUAUGGAUGGGUUACACCCUCUACCAGUUCAAACGGAGUCCGUUCCUGCAUGCCAAGAUGAGGGAGGUGCUGUCGGACUGCGCCCUGCCGAUCUCCGUGCUCAUGUUCUCCUUCAUCGGCUCCUACGUGUUCAGUGACGUUGAGCUUCCCGUGUUUAAAGUUUACGACCGGCCCGUUUUCAAGGUGGCUCCGUUUGAGCGUCUGUCGCCCAUGAACGUUGUGAGCGCCAUGGGCCUCGGCUUCCUGCUCGCCCUCCUCAUCUUCAUCGACCAGAACAUCGUCGUCUCGCUGACCAACGCACCGGAGAACAGGUUGCUGAAGGGCACGGCGUAUCACUGGGACCUGAUGCUCUCCGGGCUCAUUAACGUACUGAUGUCGGUGCUGGGGUUGCCCUGGAUGCACGCCGCCUUCCCCCACUCCACCCUCCAUGUGCGCCAGCUGGCGUUCGUGGAGCAGCGCGUGGAGGGGGGGCACCUCUACGAGACUAUUGUCCAGGUGAAGGAGACCCGGCUGACGUCUCUGGCUGCCAACAUCUUCAUCGGCGUGUCGGUGCUGAUGCUGCCCAUCCCGCUGCAGUGGAUCCCCAAACCCGUCCUGUACGGCCUCUUCCUGUACAUCGCCCUCACCUCCAUCGACGGGAACCAGAUGUGUGACCGCAUGGCGCUACUCCUCAAGGAGCAGACGUCUUACCCGCCCACCCACUACAUCCGCAAAGUGCCCCAGAGGAAGAUCCACUUCUUCACCUUCCUGCAGAUGAUGCAGCUGCUGGUGCUGUGCUCGUUUGGCAUGUACCCGAUGCCCUACAUGAAGAUGAUCUUCCCCCUGCUCAUGAUCCUGCUAAUCCCAAUCAGGAACAACGUGCUUCCUCGUAUCAUUGAGGCCAAGUACUUGGACAUAAUGGACGCCCAACACAUGUAGCGGCCGACGGGAGGAACGCGCUCCGACGCCAACAACUGACAUCGGGGAAAUUAAAGGAUCAUAGUAAUAUUUAAAAAAAGAGAUUUAAGGAUUUAAAAAAAGAAAAAGCAUAUUUUUCAAUGCAAAACUGUACGGAAGCAAAAAGGAGAUAAAAAAAAAAAAAAGACUGUUUAGAUUUUUGUAUCUGAUUAGAACAGGUGAAGCACUGGAAACGUGGGAAGUCAUGUGAGGGAGAGAGAGAGAGAGAGAGAGAAACAAGAGCCGUGGACAGACAGAAUCUCUCCGAGGGGGAAAGCUCCUGCUGUCAGAACCAGGACUGUCCAGAGUUCACCUGCGUUUGACCCGGACAGACAUACCUCCGUGUUCUCCUCCUCCUCACACUCCUUUGCUUUCCAACACUUCACAUUCUCCUCACUGCAGUGUGUGUACCCGUGUGUGAACCUGUGGGUAAGUGCUUCGAGUACUUACUAAUGCUGUGUAAGUUCUCCAGCCUCUGCCGGUCGUGUAGGACGUAGAAAUGUUUGACGGCACGAGGUAAGAAGGAAAGAUCUCUCCCUAGACACUUCGCCCUCACACGGUGGUUUUACAAACCUUUUACUCACUUACACUGUGUUGAUACGUAUUUAGACACUUUUCCAUGUGUGAAAUAACUGGUAGGAACUCUGCGUUUAGGCCGAUGUGAAGUAAAUCUUUACCCUUCUUUUGUAUUUCUGUCAUUGUGCGACGUUCAGACCUUUGUUCGGUGUAGUUUUCCCAUCUGUUCCGGACGUGUUUAGUUUUUAAGUCAUUCCAACAAAUGCCAGUGUUCAUUAAGCAGAGGAGAAAGGUGUGUGUAUGUGUGUUGUGUGUGUAUGUGUGUGUGUGUGUGUGUCAUGGGCACCAAUCCGUCUCUAACCUCGCUUCCUGCCAGCUCUUUAGAAAACCUCAUUUUUAAGUGCUCAGCUGACCAGAAUAUACAUUCCACAGAUAUAUAUAUAUAUAUAGAUAUAUAUAUAUAUAAAAUAUAUAUAAUAAAUGUCACUAUAUAGAACGACAGCACAAGCCAAAACAUAUAGUGAAAUCUUUAUCAAAUUAUUAAAGUAUUAGAAUAUAUUAAGGCAAUAUACAACAAAUAUUUUAGGUUAAAUUGCAAAUAGAAUAUUUAUUUAUCAUAAAGACAGUUUUAUCUUUUAAGUACAAAAUGAUAAUUUGUGUGUGUUGACCCUGAAGCGUGAUCUGUCAUUGUGUGUCUCCUCCUUUACAUUCCACACUUAGUGUGUUUUAUGUGUUUCAUGUCUUUGCUGCAGUGUUUACAUAUCAAAGUCCAGCUCCAGUUCUGGUGCAUUGCUCAUAAAGAGUCGGGUUGAAGGUUAAAAAAAAGAAAAGAAAAACGUUUUGCUGGUUUUGGAUCCAACGAACUGCAUCCCAGGGUUUUUCCUUUUUCUUUUAGUGACGAGUUUUAGAAUAAUCCGGGUCUCGUUUUCUGUUUAGAUGUUAUGAUUAGAUCGAUGCUUGCGAAACAUUGUUAUGUAAUAAUCCAGACGUCUGGACCUUGUUAUCUACAGAACAAAAAUAUAAAUACAAAAAAAAAAAAAAUUACCUUUUCUAAGCGGCGGUUUGCUUACAGCAUGUCUUAUCUGGGUUGUUUUGAUACGAUGUGACGCCAACGGACAUGUAACCGACACAAGAAGAAGAAAAAAGAGUCAAACCGCAACUUCUCAAUAAACUGAAUGCAACGCUCAAUAUUCAGCAAUACUGUGUAUAAAACAGAGCUUCAGCGGGAAGCAGCAACAGGCCGGCUGUGUUUUUAACCACAGCAACUUUUCAGUCCAUCCUCGCCAACUCUGUGCAUCGUUCAGAUACUGCACAGAGGAGCUAAAAAAGAAAAAGAAAAAGUGUUUGCCUGUCGCAUCCACGGAUUCUCCUGCGGUUUCGUUGCUUUUCCCAAUAAUCCAAAUGGCAGCUCCCUCACGCAGCUCUGUUCAACUUUGUCUUACAGAUGUGAGAAAGAUGUCCGAUUUAAGCAGAUGUCUCGCGCCGAGAUAGCGUGAAAAGGAAAAGCUUCGGCUGCAUUUGCAUAAUCCGUGGCCUAAGCCUUUAGACAGCACUGGGUGAGGGAAGAGAGAGAGAGAGAUUGUGAGUUAUGAAGUAGUAUGUACAGUUUGCAAUGCAAAGUUUAGUUUUUAUCAACUAUCCAUUAUAAUCCCAGGCAAAGUGUUGGGUUCUCGCUUCGGGGGCCGAGCGGUGAAACCGUCCUUCGUUACGUGACAGUAUUGAUGUUGUUCCUUGAUAUCUUCUCUGUACUGAUGAGUUUUGGAAUAGCAGCACAUUUCUCUCAGAGGUCCUAACGUUGGGUUCAGAGUGAACUCCUCCUCCUCCUCCUCCUCCUCCUCCUCCUCCUCCUCCUCCUCCUCCUCCUCCUCCCGAUUGGAUCUGUUUAAAAAUUGCGUAACGUGGUGUUUAUUUUAUUCUCUUUCUCCCUGAUUUCAUAUAGCCUACUUUUUCUAUUCAUGAAUGUAAGAUGUGUGGAUUUUUAUAUAGCAUAACUAAUUUAGGUGUCAAACAGAAUCUGUAAUUUUGUCAAAAAGAUCAGCUAUAUUUGUAAGCUGUAAUAUGUAAAAAGGAGAAAAAAAUGGUUAUCAAACAAAAUGUGCUGGUUUACUAUAGUAUAUAUAUAUACUGUACACUGAAAAGAGAAACUAUCUCAAGCUGUUUGCCAAAUAAAAAAGUAGUAGUGAUGUAAAGAU